CAAAUGGGGAGUAAUUUGGCAAUUUUGGCGGCAGUGGCAUUUUGUUUCAGUGUUAGUAACCUGGUUUUCUACGGCCAUGCAAUUGAAUCAGUUAUGUAUACAUUAGUACGCUCGGAAUCAGAUUAUGAGAUCAGACUCUACAGAGAAGUCUCCUGGAUGUCUGCUCUUGUCCGAGAAACCUCCUUCGAGAAAUCUACCAAAGAUGGCUUUCAAAGGAUUCACCAAUACAUCCAUGGAGCAAACAUCAACUCUUCUCAACUUCCAAUGACUGCUCCUGUCUUAACAAGCGUCAUAACAUCAUCACCUAGGACUCUAUAUUAUGUAAAGUUGUUCCUGUCCAAGGGGAACCCUCCAGAGCCCAAUCCUGAACUGAAUUUGCAGUUGGAAACAUGGAAUGCUCAGUGUAUGGCAAUUAGAAAGUUUUCUGGGUUUGCUAAGGAUGAUAAUGUUAAGAAAGAAAUGGAGGCCCUAGUGACCAGUCUAACUAAACAUCCCACAGGAAAUACAGUUCUGGAUUAUAACAUAUCCUACACCAUUGCCCAGUACAAUUCUUCACACCACACUUCAGGACGAUUAAAUGAAGUGUGGAUUGAUGUCUCGGGGUUUAAUAUGGAGGGAUGCUUACCCAAACAAGGGAAGUAUUGAUUAUCAUGACUGAGACUUCUCAGCGUCCUGGCAGGAAUGUACGUGGAAUUGUGUAGAGAAGAGAAAUAAUGUCUUUUCAGAAAAAGACUAUAGAUUGUAAGAUACGCAGACAAGGUUUAGCGUGUAUAUUCUAAAAAGGUUUGUUUGGCUUAGGAAUGUGAAUCACUGACUUUGGGAUGACCAAUAAA